AUGAAAAGUAAAGAACUUUGGACUUUUACAAUAGAUUAACCAAAAGAUGCAAAUAGCAAUAUCACUAAUCAAGUUUUUGCAUGUGCAUUUUUAAAAGGUAUGUGAAAUUGGGAAAUAAUCAAAGAUGGUGAUAUUUUUGUGGCAGCAGUAGGGAAUGCGCUUGUUCUUUUCGACACCUACAAAUCUGAUAUGCUGUGUUAACCUCAGAGAGGAUAACAUAAAGAGACUAUCACUUGUUUGGCCACAUCAAAGGAUGGAACUAAAUUAGUAUCUGGAAGUCAAGAUAAAACAGUUGUGGUUUGGAUGUACAAUGGCAACAAAACUGAUCGAUUAUUAGAGCCAGAGAAAUGGUUUUCUCAUAGUGAUGCUAUAUAAUGUGCAGCAAUAAGUCCAUUGUAAUAGUAGAUCUUCACAGGAUCGAAUUAGGAGUAUUCACUUUGGAUUCCUGGAAUGAGUAAUAUAGAGAGAUAAAAGUUUAAGGAGAAGAUUAUUUGUUGUGCAUGGAGUGCAGAUGGAUAAUAUGUAUCUUUUGGGACUAUAAAUGGUAUAAAUAAUUUAUUUGAAAAAUAGGUUUGAUUGUAAUUACAGAUAGACAAGCACAACAUUUGAAAGAAAUCUAGACUCAGAAAGGAGGACCUGCUUGGUGUAUGGAAUGGUCUCCAAUUAAUUCAGAUUACUAAUAGUCUUAACUUACUGUAGGAGUUUGGAUGAAUUCUUUAUAUCAAUUUGAUUAGAAUGGAUAAUAGAUAGGUUCCAGAAUAGAAUUGCCAUUUGAUCCAUUAAAUAUCAAUUUUUAAUAUAAUGGAGAAUAUAUGGCAAUAUCUGGAAAUAAUAAUAAAGUGAAUUUAUACACUAGAGAAGGAGGAUUCCUUUUUGAGGUAUGUUAAUCAUAAGAUUGGAUAUGGUGCACAAAGAUUAAAUCUAAAUCAACAUUAAUAGGUUGUGGUACAAAUGAUGGAUAAGUAUUUAUUUAAGAAUUGAUUUCUGAUACUGUUAUGGGAUUAUAUAAUGAUAAAUUUAUAAGCAGAGAGUAAUUGACUGAUGCUAUUAUAGUGUCAAUGAUUUCAAAUUAAAAGGCUAGGAUAAAAUGUAAAGAGUUAGUCAAGAGAGUUGCUAUUUUUAAGGAGAAAGUGGCUAUUUUAUGUGGAAUCAAGGUGUUAAUUUAUACUUGUGUGAUAAAGGGUGAUGAUUAUAUGAAGUAUAAGCAAUUUAAGAAAUUCUCUAAAAGAGUGGAUUGUGAACAUUUUUAAUUGUCAUCAUCUAAUGUGUUAAUAGGAGCAGGUUAGAAAUUGAUUGCCUUCAAUUUUAAUGGGGAUAUGGAUAGAACAUGGUCAUUUGAAGCAACUAUUAGUUUUGUUAGUAUAUAAGGAGGACCUCCUAAAAGGGAAUUAGUAUUGGUUGGAUUAGAGAAUGGAGGAAUUUAUAAAUUAUUUUUAGAUAAUUCAUUUCCUAUUUAAAUACAUAAAGUAAAUACAUAGAUCAAAUAUUUAACAAUGUCUUAAACUAAAAGAAAAUUAGCUUUAAUUGAUGGCAAUUAGAAUUUAUAAGUUUUAGAUACAAUUACAAAGGAAGUAGUAUUUGGAGAGAUGAGUGUGGAAGGAGUAGCAUUUAAUGAAGAAUUUGAAGAUUUAAUAGCUUAUUCUGGGAAAGGAUUAUUAUUUAUUAAAUGUAUAGCAUUUUAAGCAUUAAAUUAAAAAAUAAAUGGAAAUGUUAUAGGUUUUAAGGGAUGUAAAAUAUUUUUAUUUGAUGGUUCAAAACCUUAAACUAUAGUUAUAUAAUAAACAGCAAAUAUGUAAAAGUAUUUGGAGAAAAAGGAUUUUUAGAAUGCUUUGAAAAUAGCAUGUUUAGGAGUGACUGAAUAAGAUAUAAGAACAUUAGGAAUUGAAGCAUUGAUUGCUGGAGAAUUUGAUAUUGCAAGAAGAGUAUGAAAAUAAUUAUUAAUUUAAUUAGUGUUUUUUGAGGAAUAAAGAUUAUCAAUAUAUUGAUUUAUUAUAAAAAUAUGAGAAAAGGAAUUUGGAUGCAUAAACCUUAAAUGAACUAAAUGCAGAGACUCUUGCUUAUUAAGGGAAAUUCAUUGAUGCAGGUAAUUUACUUAUAAAAGUUGGUUUGGCAGAUAAAGCAGUUUAAUUAUUUAAGGAAUUGAAACGUUGGGAUGAAGCAAAAAGUUAAUAAAUAUAUUUAAAUAAUUAGAUUUUGCAAAGAAAGGAGAUGUAGCAUUUAGAGCAGUGACAUCAGGUGGAAGAACAGGAACUGGAGUUAGAGCACCUACUUCAUAAGGGAGAACAGGCACAAGUAGAGGAUAAGCAGUGAUACCAUAGCCAUAAGAUAUAGCAGCUCCAAAGAUUGAAAUGAAUAUGUUAUUGAGAGAAGAAGCAGAGUGGAUGAGGGAGUCAGGAGAUUGGAAGGCUGCAGCAGAUUUAUUUGUAUAAUGUGGAGAAUUCAAGAAAGCCAUAGAUUUGUAUGGGUAGAAUAAAAAUAUUGAUGGAUUGAUUAAUGUUUGUAGAAUGAUGGAUAGAUAAGACAAUUAAGAUAAUAUUGUUAUAUGUGCAAAUUACUUCAAGAAACUUAAACAUCAUGGAGGUGCUAAGGAAGCAUAUCUUAAAUUGAAUGAUUUAUAGAGUUUGAUGAGUUUACAUGUUGAAUUUGAAAAAUGGGAAGAAGCCUUUCAAAUAGGUCGAUCAAAUAAACAAUUAUUAGAAAUAGUUAAAGUGCCUUAUGCUAAUCAUUUAUUGUAGAAUGAUAGAUAUGAAGAUGCACUUAAAGCAUAUAAAAGUGCAGGUAGAUAUGAUAUUACUAUGAAAAUGACAAAGGAUAUGGCUAAAAAUUGUAUUGAAGAAUAAAGAUAUCAUGAUGCUAGUCAAUAUCUUUGGAAUCUAGCAAUUGAUUGUCUUAGUUAAAUUAAUGAUUAUCAUAAUCCUUCAGGAGAUGAUGUUAAUGCAAUCAGAUAGUAUUAAGACUAUAGUGAUUUAGCUGAUGUCUAUUUUGCUUAUCAAAAAAUACAUAGUUUUAUUGGAGAACCAUUUUAACCUUUAUCUGGAGAGGCUUAUUUCUUAUAAAUUAUGAAUGCUGCUCGAUUCAUUAUAUCUAAAUGGAAAAGCACUUAUCAAGGAAUUAAAAUGAGUUAUGUAUAUUAUUCUCUUGCUAAAUGUGCUUCUUAACUUGAAUGUUACAAAACUGCACGUAUUUGUUAUGAAAAACUAAAUGUAUUAUUUAUAGAUUUAUAAAUUAUAGUCAUUCAAAGUACCAUCUGAAUGGAGUGAAGAAAUUGAUCUUUAAUCUAUGCUUAUUAGAUCUAAACCUUAUACAGAUGAUGAAUCAAGAUUGCCCUUUUGUGCCAGAUGUUAAACAUCAAAUUUAAUGUUAAUGGACAAUUAGCAUUCUUCUUAAUGCAAUGUUUGUCUUCAUCCUCUCUUUUCAUCCUUCAUCAGUUUUUCAAAUCUAUAAGUUGUUGAAUUCAAGGUUGAUCAUUCCUUAUCUAGAGAUGAUGUUGAAAAAUUGCUUAAUUCUGAGAAAGUUAUUUCAAAUAAACGACCUGGAUAACUCUUUUAAGACAAAAUGAAUGAAAUAAUAUAAUAAUAGCAAACAUCACAAGAUCAAUAUUUGGCAGUAGAAUUAGAUGAAGCAACAAUCUAAUCCUUAUCACCUGAAGAAGUCCUUAUUGUUGAUCUUAGAUAAUAUUGUAGAACGAUUGAUGUCAAAUAUUAUAGAAAUAUGAAUGCUUCAUAACCUAUUCAUGUAUGUCCUUAUUGUGCAAGAUUCUUUUUCAUAGAUGAACAUGAAUUUGAGUAUGUUUAAAAGAAGUAUUGUCCAUUUUGUAGAAUUUCUGAUAGAAAACUACCGCAAAAAGAUAUAUUUGAUCUUUGA